ACAUAGAACACUGGAAAGGACUGGAUUUUUUUUUUUUUUUAUCCUUCUCUAAUUGUAAUCCCUUCUACCUCCCUCCCUCCUUUUGUUGUUUCCUGCCUUGGGUUUUAUUGCACAAAACAAAAAACAAUAGUGUGUGUGCAUCUCUGUGGUUGCCUGGACUAUGGAGACCUGGCUAAGGUGUUUAACGGGGGGAUCAACUGUCGGAUUCCAAGGACAAGCAAGAGAAGAGGAGCCGACAGCGAAGAGCGAGCAAGGGAGCACUGCUGCUUUGGGAGCCUGACUGGAUUCCUAGCUACAGUCUUUUCCCCCCUCCUUUUUUUUUCUUGGUAAUCGGCACGUAAAGGAAGAAAAACAUUCACAAAGGGCCUUCGAACCUUUCUCUUUGGAUGUAUGGAUUUACAAAAGGGCUCAUCUUGUUUAAGCUCUUUGGCACUGAUGCCCGUUUUGACAGGGCAAACAUAAAAGGUUUUCUUUGCUGCUCUUGGAUAUAAAUACAUCUGAUGCGAAUACAUCAGCUCUUUCUGAUUGCAAAAAGGAGGGAAGCUAUAUAUCUCAGUUCAAGGACCUGUAAUAAUAACUUGAGGUAGGUGUCUAGUGUUUCAAACCCUCUCUGCAUCAAUUUGUAACACCCUACCCUCCCCUCUGUCUUGUAAUACGGUUUUUGGUUGCUUAAUUUGCCAUCAUGUUCUUCUCAUACACAUAUUUCAGAAAAGCCAGUCUUCUCCACCUUCCCAUUUCUUUCUGCCCCUGAGCACAGUUCAUGGAAAUAAAACCACCCCUUAACUGAGGACAGGUCGAGUCCUCUUGCUCCUUAGCAACCACCUAAACCCUUGCUCUCCCCUUGCCCACAUAAGUUCCCUUAACCUUAUUACUUUGGCCCCAUAAACAAUACUGCUAGCCAACCAGCUGCUUUCCUUGCCCCCACACCCCCAAAUCACCAGCCCCAAACAUCCCCAUCCUCCCCCCCAGAUGAUGCUGAAUUAUGAACGUGCCACAUCAUGAGUCUCCUGGGGCGGGUAGCUGUGCAUCGUGCCAGGAAAGCCGCCCUGCUCUGUGUAGUCUUCCUGAUGGUGCGAGCGUGGAGCAGCGCCUCCCUGGCCUUGGCGGGGGCGGCGGUGUCUCAAGGACCCCAGGGCUGUCCACCGCAGUGUUCUUGUAGUAAUCAGCAGGGGAAAGUGGUUUGCACCCGUCGUGGCCUCACCCGUGUCCCCCCUGGGAUUCCUGCCAACACGCGACACCUCAAUCUAAUGGAAAACGCCAUUGAGGCGGUGCAGGCUGACUCCUUCCGCCAUCUGCACCACCUUGAGGUGCUCCAGCUUGGGCGAAAUGCCAUUCGGCAGAUUGAAGUGGGCGCGUUUAAUGGACUCACCAGCCUCAACACACUGGAGCUGUUUGACAACCGGUUGACGGUGGUGCCCAGUGGGGCCUUUGAAUACCUAUCCAAACUAAGAGAACUGUGGUUGAGGAACAACCCCAUUGAAAGUAUUCCUUCCUAUGCCUUCAACCGGGUACCCUCACUCAUGCGACUGGACCUGGGAGAGUUAAGGAAACUGGAGUACAUCUCAGAAGGAGCUUUUGAGGGCCUACAAAAUCUCAAGUACCUCAACCUGGGAAUGUGCAACAUAAGGGGUGAUAUGCCAAACCUAAGUCCCCUCAAAGGCCUCGAGGAGCUAGAGAUUUCUGAAAAUCUCUUUCCAAUGAUAAAACCAGGCUCUUUCAAAGGUCUGCGCUCAUUGAAAAAGCUAUGGGUGAUGAACUCUCAAAUCACAGUAAUAGAGCGCAAUGCUUUCGAUGACCUAUCUUCACUGGUGGAGCUUAAUCUUGCCCAUAACAAUCUGAGCGCUGUGCCACAUGAUUUGUUCUCCCCGCUCAGGUACCUGGUGGAGCUCCACCUCCACCAUAACCCUUGGAACUGUGGUUGUGAGGCUGUAUGGUUAGCACGCUGGCUAAGGGAGUACAUCCCUACUAAUUCAACUUGCUGUGGACGUUGUCACUCACCUGCGAGUAUGAGAGGUCGACAGCUAGUGGACGUGGACCGAGGUGAGGGUGCUGCAGUCCAGUGUUCUGCACCAUUCAUUGCUGAUGCACCAAGGGACUUGAACAUCUCAGCAGGGCGAGUGGCUGAGCUUCGAUGCCGCACAGCUCCAAUGUCUUCAGUGCGCUGGCUCCUACCCAACGGCACUAUAUUGACACAUGCCUCUAGUCACCCAAGAAUAUCAGUCCUCAAUGAUGGUACCCUUAAUUUCUCAAAUGUCCUUGCAGUAGACACAGGCACCUAUACCUGCAUGGUCUCCAAUGCAGCUGGGAACUCUAAUGCCUCGGCCUACCUCAAUGUGAGUGCAGCUGAGCUUAAUACAUCCAACUUAAGUUACUUUACCACAGUGACCGUGGAGGUCUUGGGGCCAACCACUGAGAUGCCCAAACCUAAAACUACAACAACCACUGCAGCUGCUGCAGGCGCUGGUGUUGCUGGGGGAGGAGUAGGCCUAGGGACAACAACUACAACUGCCUCUCCUUCCGUCUUUCAACCAGUCUUCAUCUCCACCCCAACUGUACUGCUGCAAAACACUGACAGUCCACCAGGGGCAGCUAAACCAUCUGUGUUGCCAGGAAUUCAAUCGACUAACAAGCCAGGCAAGUCUGGGCCUAGCCUUGAUGAAGUGAUGAAGACUACUAAGAUCAUAAUAGGCUGCUUUGUGGCAGUGACACUAUUGGCUGCUGUCAUGCUCAUUGCCUUCUACAAAUUGAGAAAGCGCCACCAGCAGAGGAGCACCGUGGCAGCUGCCCGCACUGUUGAGAUUAUUCAGGUGGAUGAGGAGGACCUUCCACCACCAGCAUCUGCAGCCCAAGAGUCAGCUCUCACAUUGCCUGAAAUCCGAGACCAUAACAGCAUACACAAAUUGGACUUUAUCAGCCACAAGACUGACUACAGCUUUCACAAACCCAAGGCUGAAUACAAACCCCAGCCUGAUUUCACACUUCACAAGCCGAAGGCUGAGUAUACCACUUAUAAGCCAAAUAUGGACUUUAGCAGCCACAAAACCAUCACAGAUUACAACACACACAAAUCUACGCCGGAUUUUAGCCUUCACAGACCAAAGCCUGACUGCAGCCCAUUUAGACCAGAAUAUAGCACCCACAAACCUAAAGCAGAAUACAGCCCAUUCAAGCCAGACUUUGGUACUCAUCCAAAAACUAAAUCAGACUACAGCCCAUUCAAACUAGAUUACAGCACUCAUCCCAGGCAGAAGAGCGACUUCAGUCCAUUCAAACGGGACUAUAGCACUCAGCCGAAACCUAAACAUGACUACAGCCCAUUAAAAUCAGACUACAACACACAACAUAGACCUAAAACUGAAUAUAGUCCAUUCAAGCCUGAUUUUGGUACGCACCCAAGACCUAAACCUGAUUACAGCCCAUUUAAACCUGACUACAGCACUCAGCCUAAAUCCAAAACAGAGUACAGUGCCCAGAGAUCUAAAACAGACAGUACCUACAAAGCUAAGGACCACUACACCCCACAUAAGACUACAACAGAUUACAGCGCCUUCAAGACUGACUUCAGCCCCCAAAAAGUGGAUUACAGCGCCUUCAAGUCUGACUUCAGUCCACAAACUCAGAGACCUAAACUGGAUUAUAGUCCACAUAAACUGGACUACAGCCCUCAUAAGGUGGACUACAGCACUCUAAAGCCCAAAUAUAAUACCUAUAAACCGACUGGCCAUGGGGCUAAAUGGACAGACAACAAUGUUGGGAACUCUUUGCCGCGAACCUUGCCCAGUGCCAUCACAGCAAUGGCUGAGCCCUAUGUCGUAAAAACUCACAACAAGGAGAAGGUACAGGAGACUCAGAUUUAAAAAGGCCCCUCCAAAAGGCUCUCACCCCUUUUCCCAGUCUCCUAGCUCCCACUCACCCCUCUUUCACACGCCCCUUGUCCUUUCCUCAUUUAAAAUCAUGCAAUAGAAUGCACAACGAAAAAAGGACAGGAUAUACUUUUGUACAGAGUGCAAAAUUUAAAAGACUGAUGAUUUCUUGUUGUACAUGCUUAUAAAUAAAUAUAUAUAUAUGGACGAACUAAAAUUACCAUGGGUUGGUGAUAGAGAAACGUAUAUUAAAAAGAAAUUGAAACUAUUUUCUAACUUGUAACUUCUAUUUAAAAUAAUGAGUUGUUUAAGAUGCUGUCUUGACUUUGAAAAAUGAGGGUAGUCUUGUUUUAACAGAGGGCAUUCUGUGUGAUUUUUACACCAUGCUACAGAGAAUGCAGUGAUAAGAAAAAAGAAUAUUUAUACAGAGAAGACUUUCUUUAACAAAAUCCGGGGAAAAAAAAAAAAAGGUCAGUGUUGAUCUUUACAGGUUUAUCUUGUAAAAGCACCAAGAAUUUGUACUGUGCCAAAUGUUAUAAAUGCA